UUGUUAACGAUAUGCUUAUAUUUGGUGGUAAGAAAUACUCUUGCUCGGGCCCGAUAUCGGGUGAUAGCGAGUGUAGAUGUAAUUGGCACUUUAUGCCUAUACACAUUUACCAGAAUAUACAUAUAGAAAUGAGGGUAGUUCAAUAAAGAGGAUUUGUAUUUGGCGUUCAGCGCGUCAAAUAUUCAUUAAAUCGAGCAAUUUAUUUAAUAGCAAUUAGUUAAAAAUGGCGUUUUAUAAUUCGGAAAUUAUGCAAAAUCCACACAUAAACCAGGCCUGGCGAGCAGCAUUUAACAUAGAAAUAGAUCAAAAUGAGGAAAUCAAUAUAUCCCAGAUUUGUUAUGAGAUCGGAAAUUAUAUGCGGCGCAGCCGCCGACCCCUCGAUCGACUCUCUCUUCGCAGCGCCUCCGUCCUGCUCUCCGGAACCGUACGCCUCUUCAGGGACGAAGUGGAUCGUUUGUUAAAAGAUACUGUGGAAAUCUGCGUAAACCCGGUAUCAACCCGAUCGCCCGAGGACCGCACUGUUGUGAGCUCAGAGUCUGCUGCUGAUGACAGCGUGUGUAUGUCUGAUGCAGAGGCAACUACUACAAUAGUAAACUUCGAAGAACAAGGCACGACCAAACGUCACCAACUCCCAGCGGUUUUGACCCCAACCUCCCAUUCAGCAUAUCAUAGUGCACUCUAAGACACCUAAAAAUAUAAUAUUCACUAGCCUUUCCGAGAACGUUAAAUACUUACCCAUUCGUGAUAGUCAGAAUGGCGGGUGUACCUAAAUAAAAUUAAAUGAAAACCAUAGUGUUGU